AUGGAUUCCAACAACAAGCCCGAUGACCUCGAGCUGGACCAUAUCGACGGCAACUUUCCCGAUAAGAAGAAGAGGAAGAGGAGGAGGAGUCGCGCGGGGAGAAAGAGAAGCGCCGCGACUGGCUUUGAAGCGUCGACACCAACGGCGCGCCCUUCAACGACCCGGACCUCGAGGACGGCUCGCUCAUUCCGCAAGCCCGCGACGCCGACGACGACGACGAGGUCCGUCGACGUUGCCGGCGUCGCCGCCAGCUUCCUCUCCGUGUCGAUCCCGCCGCUCGUCGGUGUGGACUCCGCCCCGACCGCGCGCGCCGUCGGCGUCGUCGAGAACUUCCUGCGGUACGUGCUGCAGCACGACGUGUACCCGGAGCACGACGCCGCGGGCUGGUCCCUCGCGGACGACGCGCCGCCGUCCGGUGCGAAGGCGCUGGAGCUGGAGCUGUUCACGUGCUCCCUGGCCCUGCGGCCCGUGGAGAUGCCCGACGACGCCGUGGUCGGCUACUUUCGGCGGCUGGCGCUCGGGCCGACGGUCGUCGAGGACGGCUGGAUGCGCCAGGAGCUCGCGCCGGGGGAGCAGGCGCCGCUGCCGGCGGACGAGGACGUCGUGCUGCUGUGGGAGGCGGAGCUGCUCGUGGCCAUGACGGUGGGCAUGAUGGUGACUGGGCAGGUGUGCGACCUCACCCAGAAUAACUAUUAUGCUUGCCUCGCUGGGGAUAGUUGGUCAGCCUAUAAGUGCUGCGGAGCCACACAGUACCUCAGUGGAUCUACUGGCAACUGUGUUGACAAGUCGUAG